CCAGGUGUCGUUUCCGGCGUCGGUUGCCCAGGGAGACGAUAAGCGGUCGGGAGACCCCCCCCCACACACACACACACACACAAAAAAAAACCCCACUCGCAAUCGUUCUAACGGUAAUUAUUUCCAGGGUUUGACCCGGUGAAGGAAGUCUGGGCGCAGCACGUGGGUUAAAGAGAAGAUGGCCGUUUAUGAAGUCUAUUCGCACCCGCGAUUGAUUCGUUACCGAACCAGCAUUUGCACCAAAGCGACGGUCUUUCUUGCCACGGUGUUGGGCCUGACGUACAUCCCGCCGCUUCUGGUCGCUUACAGGAGUCACGGAUUUUGGUUAAAGGUGAGCACUUAUGAAGAGCAGCCAAAUGUCAGAUUCCAGUAUGAAGUUCUGAUGAUUGCUGGGACUAGCACAGAUGGAGACUUUGUGGCAUGGAGUACAUUUAAGAAGUUCAAUGAUCUACAGGGGGACAACCUCCGAGUCCCAGUCAUAACAGUCAUGGAGGAAGACAAGAAUCAGGAUGGGAAGAUGGAUCGCCUCAACUUCCGGUUAGAGAUUCCACUUCAAUCAUCAGAACAAGUGCAGAGUUUACAGCUUAUCCUAACAUUUUCAUACCAACUUUUUAGAAUGUCUACAUUUGUAAUGCAGAGUAUGGCAUAUAUCCACUUCUCAUCUUUCAUCCCUGGAUCCCAGCUUUCAGUAAAUGGUGACUUAAAACUCCACCAACGAGAGCCCCUUAGCCACAGAGGCCUUGACAGACGCUACAACGUCUCUGUAAUUAACGGUAAUAGUUUAUUCGCAAAUGCCUUUGACCUUGCUGCCAUCAUUGCAUCAUAUCAGGAUAGAAAUGUGACAACUAUAUUCGCCAAUCAGUAUCCUGUGUGGGCAGUGGCAAAGGCUGCUGAUGCUCCAUUUAUUGUUAAUGCUGUUAUCAGAUACCCUGUGGAAAUUAUAAGCUAUCGCCCUGGUUUCUGGGAGAUGAUUAAGUUUGCUUGGAUCCAGUAUGUCAGUGUGCUUCUCAUCUUCCUGUGGCUUUUCAAGAGAAUCAAGAUAUUUGUCUUUCAGAAUCAAGUGUUGACCACAGUGGUAACACCAUCUUAUAAGCAACACCAAUCUUGACUGAUUACAAGAAGUUUCUUUGAAAUAUCCCUGAUCCCACUAUGUACACACGCUGUUCAUCAAACAUUUAUCAGGACAUCUAAUGUUGAAAUACUUAUUUCUCAAUGAAUAUCCACUGGCACAAGUGUUCUUCCUCACACUUUUGAUCUGUGACAGCUGAAUGAACAAAGGAGAUGUGAAUAGGACAGGCUUUAAAGAGUAAUUGACCCUUUAUUUUUAGCUCUAAAACAAUGUUAUUAGAUGGUAGAAAUGUGCAUUACUAUUGUUCUACUUUGUACAGUAAUGAAAAACACAUUUAUGAAAUAUUUCCUGAAUAGAAAACACAUGGCACUAAUGCAGUAUUUUUUCUCAAUUAUGCCCUGUAUAGUUUAUCCAGACAUGCUAUGCUUCUGUAAACCAGUGUGUUUUUUGUUAAUCCACUUUUAUAUCAGCUAAUGCUAUUAUAAUAUUGGUUCAAUGCCUUUAUAUCUUUGGUCUAAUGCCAUGACCUUGUAAAUCCAAUCCUAUGUUGCUCUGUGAACAGGCUUCAGCAAUCAUAAUAGUUAAAGUAAAGGUGCAUAUCAACUUUGUCUAAUGGAAGCAUUUCAAUACUUUUGAAAACUAUGUGUUCUCUUACUGGAUGAAUUGAUGAAAGGAAGGGGAAAAAAUAGCAACAGAAACUAAAGUAUAAUAAUGCUACUACUAAUAAUAAUUAACAAAUAGCUGAAUAGAAUUAUUAUUUGGUUUGCAAUUUUUUAAAAUCUUUUCACAAGAAUUGAAUAGGGCAUUUGUCUCUUCAUUCCUAUUUCUUCACACCUCUCUCUAUUUUAAGCUCAAUAGCCAUAAAAAUAGCUAUUCCGUGCAAGAGUUUAUUGAGCAAAGGUUAAAAAUAUCCACAAAUAUAAUAUCAACCCACUUUUAUUGGUUGUUAGAUAAGAUAGAUGUAUGUGCCUGUUAGUAUUGCUAAAUUGGAUUUUGUUCAUUUUUUCCUGAUAAAACAGCACAGAAUAUACAAACGCAAGUACUGUACAAUAAAUGAAAUACUGUAUUGAUAAA